CCCACUGCCUGGGUUGUGGUUGCAUGUUGCUGUUGCAAAUAAUUGCUCUUCUCAAGUUUCAGACAUUUACAAAGGGAGUAGCCACGACUCCACUUUCAAGGCAGAAACCAGUAGAUAUCUGUCAGAAGCGGCAUCCCAAGAUGAAGAAAGAAGCUGCUACUUGAUGUGGGACACAGGUGUAGAUGAUGCCCAGGCCAUCAUGGUGGCGCUUGCUGCCCCUGAUGUGAAGAUUCUGGGUAUCACAUGUACCCAUGGAAACACGCCACUGGAGAAUGUCCUCAAAAACACACUCCGUGUCCUCGACAAGUGCGGCCAACUCAAAAAAAUCCCAGUGUACCGUGGCUGCUCUGUUCCCCUGGUGGCCAAAAACGCCACGCGAGAUUAUCACGGGAUUGACGGGCUGGGCGAUGUCCCAGAUAAAAAUGCUCCAGGCUUGGAUUACCUGCAGAAGGAAGGAGCUGUGCAGGCCAUGAUCAGGAUCAUCAAUGAGAACCCUGGGGAGGUGAGACUUGUUGCCGUGGGGCCUCUCACUAAUUUGGCUGUGGCAGUGAAACUGGACCCUUCCCUCCCUGAGAAACUGCAAGGACUCUAUAUCAUGGGAGGCAACACCGAAUCGAGGGGAAACACCUCAGUGUGUGGAGAGUUUAACUUUGUGGCUGAUUCCGAAGCUGCCCAUAUUGUCCUGGAUCGAUACAAAUGUCCCACCUACAUUGCUACCUGGGAGUUCACCUGUGAAAACAGCCUGCCAUGGGUGAGACCAAACACACAACUUUUAAAAAUGCAUAUUGACAGAUUUGUGUUAUACCAAGGACAAACGUGA